AUGGCUAUUCACGGUGCCUUUUUCGAGCAAGAAGGGUAUUUCGUGACGCUCUCGAAUGGCCAGAGGGACCACUACUUCGUCGAUUCCUUCAUUGACCCCUGGAAACCCCGGGCGGAGAAACAGGUCCUUCUGAUCCAGCCCGGGUUUGGUCGGAGUGCCAGAUUUUGGUACCACUGGAUUCCUGCCCUCGCUCGGGACUACAUAGUCAUCCGCCGUGACUUGCGCGGUCACGGGGAGUCGUCUUUCCCUAAGCGUCUCUCGCCGUGGUCCGAGGGGGCGUCGGGCAAAUACGAGAAUGACUACGCGUGGAAUAUCGAGACGAUCUGUGCCGAGAUUGUGGAUUUCCUGGACAAGUUGGGCAUCGACAAGGUCCAUUUCCUCGGGGAGUCGACUUCCGGGCAGGUUGGGCAUGCGAUGGCCGCCCUCCAUCCGGACCGGAUCGCGUCCCUGAUCACUUUCUCGUCUCCUACACACUUGCCUGAGGACAAGUGCCGUUUCCUGGCCAUGGGUCAACCGAGCUGGCCGGAAGCCAUGGUCAGCCUGGGCUCGCGGGCCUGGGCAGUCGCGCUAUCCGGGCAAGCCGGAACCUCACCACGACAGGAUCAGGCGUACCAUGAAUGGUGGCUUAACGAAGUGGGGAAAAGCGCGGCAGAGGGUUUGGCAGGGUAUGCGGUGUUCCUGGAACAGUUGAACACCCGGCCGUUCUUACCCCAGAUUCGUUGUCCGGUUUCUAUUCUGGCGCCAACAAGAAGUGCGGCGGUGCCGAUGGAGGAGUCCCAGUACGCAGCAAGCCACAUUCCAGGCGCGGAGCUCAAGGUCGUGGAAAGUCCAGGGCACGAAAUCUACGUAGAGUCAGCAGAUGUGUGUGUGGAAUUGGUUCGAGACCAUCUUGCAAACUUCGGGGGCUCGCGGGGCUGGUCUGACAGGCCUAGGAGGGCAUAG